AGACCUGCUGCUUCCGAAGCAGCUCAGGCACCCUGUUCUGAAGCUGGUUAGCCUCUUCCACUCCAUCCCAGAGAACAGCAACACUUGGUUUCUGUGGCCUGACCUUUCCUUUUCUGGUCAGAAGAAGCUCGCACUUACUCAAGGAGUAGCUAGCUCCUGCUAUCCAGCUCAUCUUGAGAUCAGGAGAAAAGGAGUCUUCCUGGUGGCCAAAAAAAAAUGAUCCUCUGGAUGUUAGCCUUUCUAAUCAUAUGCUGCUUCUUGUGGAAUUACAAAGGACAUCUAAGGAUUGCUGAUAUCAAUAAUAAGUAUAUCUUCAUCACUGGGUGUGACACAGGCUUUGGAAACUUGGCAGCAAAAACUUUUGAUAAAAAAGGAUUUCGUGUUCUUGCUGCUUGUCUGACGGAAUCAGGAUGCAGAGAUCUAAAGGCUUCAACUUCUGGAAAACUUCAAACUGUGCUUUUGGAUGUGACAAAGCCAGACAAUGUAAAAAGGACAGCCCAGUGGGUGAAAGAUGAAGUUGGGGAAAAUGGUCUUUGGGGACUGAUCAAUAAUGCUGGCAUUCUUGGGGUACUGGCUCCCACCGACUGGCUGACAGUGGAGCACUUCAGGGAGCCUUUUGAAGUAAAUCUGUUUGGCCUCAUUAAUGUGACAUUGAACAUGCUGCCAUUGGUCAAGAAAGCUCAAGGGAGGAUAAUCAACAUUUCUAGCAUAGGUGGUCGGCUUGCCUUCUCUGGAGGUGGAUAUACCCCAUCCAAGUAUGCAGUGGAAGGAUUCAACGAUAGCUUAAGACGAGACAUGAAAGAAUUUGGUGUAAAAGUCUCAUGCAUCGAGCCUGGAUUGUUUAAAACAGGACUGUCAGAUCCAGUAAAGGCCAUUGAAAAGAAAAUGGCAGUUUGGAAUCAACUUUCAUCAGACAUCAAACAACAGUAUGGAGAUGGAUACAUUGAAAAAAGUCUGGCUAAAAAAGCAAAAAAUAAGCCUUUUCAGAACAUGGACUUGUCACUGGUGGUAAACUGCAUGGACCACGCCUUAACAAGCCUCUUUCCUCAAACUCAUUACAUUGCUGGUGUUGAUGCCAAGACUUUUUGGAUUCCUCUCUCUCUCAUGCCAGCAAUUUUGCAAGAUUUUCUGUUGCAGAAACAUAAAGUAAAGCUGGCAGAUCCAAAAGCUGUAUGAUUCAGUUAACCCGAAUUGCUCGAUUUCUGAGCAAUGGGGUUGAUAGAUUCAAAGACUAAUCAGGACUUCAGCAUCAUUCCAGAUCUCAUUCAACCUGGAUCCUUUUGGAAGACCAUAUUCCUUGAGAUAGGCAAAAAUGUUGUCAACCAUCACUGAUGAACUCCUUGUGUUCUGUCUCAAGUCUUGACUAGAAAGGUGACAGGAGUGGUAACCGAGACUUGACAGGAAGGAGUAGGUGGAGGAGAGCAAGUGGUGCUGUUACAUAGGCAGUGUUGGCCCCAGAUCAGGUGUUCUUCACACUAUUUUAUGGUCAGUGAAAACCCUAGCUCUCCCAAUCUAAUGUUAUCUUCCCCUGGCCAAUCACAGUAUUUAUAUUUUCGACUCUCAGGGUCCUUCCUUUUGAUUAAAACAUUGUCUAUGGAAGGUCUUAUUAAAAUAUAAAGAAUUUAAGUAGUGGGAGAGGUAAUGCACUAAUGGUACCACCAUCAACAAGGAUAAUGACAUCAGAUUAGCUCUUGUCAUCUUGUAGGAGCUAGACAGUGAGGUGAUGGGAAACAGAAGAGAAGAACAGGAGAGAAGAAGAAACCACCUUUGAUGGUGGGAAGAUGGACAUGGGACUGAGCAUUUGCUGCUAUCUACAGAAGACAGGUUAAAAUGGAGUUCUGAGUGGCACAGAAUGAUGACCUUGAUUAUGGUCAAGGAAAAGGGGAAAGGUCUGCCCCUUCAGUCAAAAAUUUUCUUUUCCACUGACCCUGUGACAGGGGAGGGGAGAAAGAGAGGAGUGACAAAAGUGACAGGAUACAAGGUCACAAAAUGAAAAUGGGGAGAUGUCAAAGAUGAACUUCAUCCACUUCACAGAGAACUGCGGGGUCAAUCAGAGUUCUAUUCUUUUCAGACCAUUGAAAACAUGACUGUUCAUGCCAAAUUAGAGACUAUUAUCUUAGUCUCCUCCCAACAAAAGAAAACAAAUCAAUUCAAACUUUUUUGAUAUGUCACACGCUCAAAGAAGAAACAUGGCCAAUUUCACAAUAUCUCUGAUCCUUCCCUUCUGGGGUCCCUUAAAGAAGUGUUGAAAUCACCAGAAUCAAGAAGACCUUAGUUCAGAAUCAGCCUCAGACAAUCAAUCAAUAUUUAUUAAAUAGUUUUAAAGGCAGCUAGAUGGUACCAUGGCUGGAGAGCUGGACUUGGAAUCAGGAAAAUUCAUCUUCCUGAGUUCAAAUCUGCCCUGACACACUUCCUAAUUGAGUGACCCUAAGCAAGUCACUUUACCCAUUUGUCUCCCUUUCUUCAUCUGUAAAAUCAGAUGAAAAAGGAAAUAACAAAUCAUUCCAGUGUCUUUGUUAAGAAAAUCCAAAUGAGUUGACAGAAUCAGACAUGACUAAAAAACAACCAAACAAUAGGAACAAAAAGGGUCAUAUGGGCAAUAUGUUUCUAAUGCAGGAUUUAGACCCAUGUCAUCCUGACUUUCAGGAAAGCUCUCUUUCACUGACCAAACUGCAUCUCCUGAGCUACAUGACUAAUUCUAAUCUAGAGCUUCCCUGUUACAUGUCAACUUGAACCUAAACUCAUACCAAACUGAAUUGACUCAGAACUAUUGCUCUACAAUGGUUGAAUUCUGCUUAAGUUGCUUCUAAAGGCAUCAAGAUCCCUCUUGGACUCCAUGGCGAGAUUGUUGAUAGUCAUUGAUCUCUUUGGAAUUUACCUACUUUGAACUUAUAACCCCAGAACUGUUUGAGAAUCAGAAAAUUGGCCUGGGCUCUGGAGAUGUCGAACAGAAUAUCUAACAAUGAACUAAUGGAGUAGACACAUCACAUCAAUAGAUGUCUCCCAGCCUAGGCCUUUCUAAAACCCCCUGAGAGUGCCUAAAAACUGAGGAAGCAAGAAAGUGUGGCUAGACAUGUUUUAAUUUUUUUAUGUUUUCCACAUCCUAUUUUUAAAUAGUUAUUCAUUGGACUCCUUCACCCACUUCAAAAAAAAAUAAAAAUAUGUUUCCACAA